UUCAGAUAUCACUUUUAAAUGUUAGCAAACUGUUAUACAAGGCGUAUAGCUACAAGUUAUCGGAUAUUUUUAAAACGAUGGAUAUCGACAGCUCAGAACAAUAUCACUUAUCAUAUGGGUUUGGAUGCAUCUGGUAGUCAUGCGACAGAAAUCGCACUAAUCCUAAAUGAUGCUGAUAGACUAACUUAUAGAGAUCUAUCAAAAAAAGUUGGUUCGAUGGUGGCACUUCUACAUACCACAUUUGGGCUUAGUCGUGGUGACAGAGUACUGAGCCGAGUGGAGAAAUCCAUCGAUAGUUUAGUGCUUUAUCUGGCAACGAUACGACUUGGAGCUGUUUAUGUACCUUUAAAUCCAACCUUUACACUAGCAGAAACCAUAUAUUUUGUUAAAGAUAGUGAUCCCCAUUUAUUUGUCAGUUCUAAUAUCAAACAGGACGAGAUUUUUGCAAAUAGGGUUGAGCAUGUCAUGGAUUCCACUGCUCUGUUCGAGGAAAGUCACCAGAGGAAGCCUGACUAUGGUAUGGAAUGCGUAAAGUCUGUUGACAUUGCAUGUAUUUGCUAUACUUCCGGAACUACUGGUUUACCAAAAGGCGCCAUGAUAAGCCAUGGCGGUCUUACGUGGAAUGCAGAAGCACUGGUAGAUAUGUGGAAAUUUUCACAGAACGAUGUCCUGCUCCAUAUGCUUCCGUUUGAUCAUAUACACGGGAUGUUCAUAAGUCUCAAUUGCGCGCUAUUCACGAAAUCUAGUGUUAUUUUUAGACCGAAAUUUGAUGUGAACGAUGCUUUGGAUUGGUUACCUCGAUGUACGGUCAUGAUGGGUGUCCCGACAUAUUACAGUCGUUUGAUGCAAAGAUCCAGUUUCGGAAAAGAUCUAACAAAAAAUGUUCGCCUGUUUAUAAGUGGAAGUGCGCCUUUGUCCACAAUGUUAUGGGAAGAUUUCAAGCAACGAACUGGACAUGAAAUACUGGAACGUUAUGGCAUGACCGAAGCAGCUGUAAUUACAACUAAUCCUUACAAUGAUCGUAGAAAAGGAUCUGUUGGAAAAGUUUUACCUGGUGGCAAUAUUCGUACAACCGAAGGUGGUUUAGUGCAGAUCCGCCUUCCGAGCUUAUUUUCGGGUUAUUGGAAAAGUGCGAAUAAAACAGAAAAAGUUUUUACUGAAGACGGGUUUUUCAAUACUGGCGAUGUUGGUAAAAUUGAUGAAGAUGGUUUUUUAUGGAUACAAGGCCGUGAGAAAGAUUUGAUUAUAAGUGGUGGAUUGAACGUUUACCCCAAGGAAGUGGAAGAUGCUAUAGAUUCUUUACCGUAUAUAUUAGAAUCAGCUGUAAUAGGUAUUCCACAUUGUGAUUUGGGCGAAGCAGUAUUGGCACUGUACGUACCGGAAUCAAGUAGCCAUGCAUUUUUGCAGGAAUCUGAAGCGAUUCGUAUCCUUCAUACAAAACUUGCCAACUAUAAAGUACCAAAGCGUUUCCUCUGUAUUGAUCAACUGCCACGAAAUGCGAUGGGAAAAAUACAAAAGAAUAUUCUCAGAGAACAAUACCGUAAUUUAUUUUGCACUGAAUAG